AUGAGCGAUACGGUGCGCGACCUAGAGGGGCGUCGCAUAAACGCCGUCACACCCCUUCAUCUUUCAUCUGGAGAAGGUGGAAUGUUGAAGAAUCUCUUACAAGAAGUUCAAGUACAACAAAAACAACAACAGCAACAUCCAAGCUACGUCGAUGAUGAGAAUGAGAAACGAAAGAAGCAAAUGUUGGAGCAAUAUCAGAAUCGAGUUCUUCUUCAUCAAAUGGGCCAACAACAACCACCUCCACCACUCUAUCAGACAACACAUCAAUUUCAGACGACAAGUGGAGCGGUGAUACAUAUUGGGAAAAGAUCCGAUCCAGGCAGUCAGCCGUCUUCAUCUCAACCAAUGUCCCACAGUCAACCUUGUCUUGUCGCUAUUGGAGAUCGAGGAGAUCAAGCUCCAAUCACGAAGCAACAUGCCCAAUUCCAACGAUGUUCAUCCACUGAACAUGAAUCAUCCGGACACAUACCGAAUAGACAUGUUGGGAACACGCAAAAAUUGGUGAAUUCGUUGAGAGAAGAGAAUCUAUCAUUGAAGAAACAAAUUGAUGUGAUGAAAAUAAAAACGAAUCGAUUGCAACAAUUAGAAGCAGCUCACAAAAGUAUUGAGGCCGAGUACGAGUUUUUGAUGAAAGAAAAGGAAAAGAAUGAUACGUUGGAGAAAACAGCAUUUCAGACCAUGGAGAAUCGAAUGAAACAUUUACAUCGAGAGAACGAGGCAAUGAAAGAUGAAAUUGCACGAUUAAAUGAAAGAUUCCAAGGCCACCAAUUCUCACUUGAUUAUCAGCAACAGAUAAACAAGUUGAAUAUCACGUUGACUGACCUCUACACACAAAAUGAAUCUCUAAAAGGGACGCUUUCAAGACAAGCAGUCGAAGUGCAAGCUCAACGGAGAAAUCUCGAGGAACAGAGAACACAUAUAGCAAUGUUGGAGACAGCUCUAUCAAAUGCACAAGACAGAUUGACGAGGAAAGAAAAGAUGUACGAAGAGCACGCGGCAAAACCUGAAGGAACAGCUUAUUUGGAGAAUCUCCUACACGAUGCAAUUGUUGAUAAACAGCAACGAGAGAAAGCUCAUGCCGAAGAGAAAGCCCGACUCGAGAUGGAGAUCGCUCAGUUGAAAAUGAUCAUCAAUAAAGAAAACGGAGUCGGCGGAAUCAAACUCGGCUCAUCGAGAAUUGGACCAGAUGAGAAUUCAGACAAAUACAAAAAGGUGUUAAUCGAUAAAGAAAAAAGAAUUACGAGAUUGGAAAAAGAUGUGAUGGAUUUGCGGAGAAAAUUACAUGAGGAAGCUGAAAGGAAGAAGGAUGCAUUGGAUGCGGUAUCGGGGAGUCUUGAAGCAAAGAUCAAAAGAUUGGAAGAUGAGAAAAUUGAGAGGGAUCGACGAAUCGCAGAAUUAAGUGAAGAAAAAGAACGACUCAAUGAUCUUCUCAUUGAUAAAAGAGACGAAGACGCGGCUCGUCGUGAUCUUCAUCGAAUGGAAGAAAUGAGACAAAAGAUUGAUGAAAGAAGAAGGAGACAUAAUCGACAAUCAAAUGGAAAUCAUUCUGAUAUCUCAUCGAGUGCAACAAUGAUGGUUGAACACUCACCAACAGGCUCUCCAUCAUUGAGAGCGCCCACUUAUGAAAGUCUUGGUUUUGAUUCGACUUCGCUACUCUCACAGUUCUCGAGCUCGAGUCAUCUCUCCAAUUCAUCCAAUCAAUUCAUUCCAUCAUUUCAAUCAAAAUCUCCAGGUGCUCAAUAUUCGACGAUUCUCCCACACGAUGAUCCCAAUCACAAUGAAGGGGCCACUGUUUGGAAUGUC